AUGCUAACUCCAUGGAGCUUACCAUGCUCAUGUGCAUGGAAAGAAGCCUCCAGCAGCAGGCAUAGCGUAAUAGAAGGCAAGAGACCUUAG